UACACGUGACCUCCCCGCGCGGGGCCCCGCCUAUCCCUUGUCCAGGGGAUGGAAGCAUCCCGCGAGGACGGGCGGGGUGGGUGGAUCCUAAGAAACACGACCCAGCCAUCCUUGGCAGCGGCUAAGGCGGAGCGCGCAGCCCGCGGGUUAGUCCUAGAGACGGUACCAGAGGAGGAUGGGGGCCGCAACCCGGGCUUCGCAGGGGGCCACCGUGGAGGCCAGGGCAGUACAGAGACUCAGCGUGUGACUUGAGCGUACCUGGGAGGAUGGACGAGGGGACCGGAGGCAGCUAACGCGCCCGGCGCACGUCGCGAGUCCCUAGCUGGCUCCGUCCACAGCACUGCAGCGCGGAGCUGGUCUGGGGCGAUGAGGAGGGUGCCAUCGGCCCGACCCGGGGCCGCAGUGGGGAUUGGCCGUGUUUGGCCGUGCUGAGGGCCUGAGGCCGAGAGGGGCGCAGCGGUCAGGCUGUGCCGGAGCGCACCGCCAUGGCAAGGGAGGAGUGCAAGGCGCUGCUGGACGCGCUCAACAAGGCGACCGCAUGCUACCACCACCUGGUGCUUACUAUCGGAGGCUCGGCGGACUCGCAGAACCUUCGUGAGGAGCUGCAGAAGACGCGCCAGAAGGCGCAGGAGCUGGCGGUGGCCACUGGUGCUCCGCUGACGACCGCGCUGCGAGACAAGGGCAUGGGCGCCGAGGAACGCGCCGAGUUCGAGCGCCUCUGGGUAGCCUUCUCCGGCUGCCUGGACCUGCUGGAAGCGGACAUGCGGCGCGCGCUGGCGCUGGGCACCGCGUUCCCUCUGCACGCGCCGCGACGGCCGCUGGUGCGCACGGGCGUGGCGGGCGGUGCGGCGGGCGUCGCGGCACGCGCCCUGAGCGUCCGCAACCUGCGGCACGAGGCAGAGCGCAACUUCGACGCAGACGAUCUGCGCGAGCUGGAGCGGGAGAUCCUUCAGGUGGGCAAGAUGAUCCACGACCUGGAGAUGAAGGUCAACGUGCCCCGCUGGACGGUGCAAGCCCGGCAGGCGGCGGGCGCUGAACUCCUGUUCAGUGCUGGAGCCUCCUCGGCGGGCUUUGUGUCGGUAGAAGAGCGCACAGGGCCCUGCGACCCGAGCAAGGCCCUGGCUGCCACUGUUUUCAGCGCCGUGCUGCUGGCGGCGGUGGCCCUGGCCGUGUGCGUGGCAAAGCUGAGCUGACCGACACCUGAUAGCCUGCCGCUCAGCUCCUUCCUGACCGCCACCUCUCCUUCCCCAGGGACGCCCCUCUCCCGGAAUGACCCUUACCGCUAGGACUCGGGAUGGGAGUGAAAUCUGGCAUGUUUAAGGGGAGCAAUUCUAAAACCCCGUGUGUGUAGGUGUACACGCGUAUUUCAAGCACACAGCUACCAGCAGAACGUGGUUUCCUCCUGCUGGCCAGGGAGGAGUUAAUUUGUGCAGGUUGCCAGGGCAUUACCGCUAAUGUUUGCAGGAGCUUUAUCCUCUAUUAAUAGAAAACGGUCCACAGUGACCCCAGAUUCCUCUGAGUUAAUGGGUUACUGCGUGUGCUGCUGGGGCAUGUUUGCACUGAGUCCGAGCUUGGUGCUACCAUCCCUACUGGAGACUUCCACUCUUCAUGGGGCAGUUUGAUGAAGGCGGUGAUGAAAUGAAGUGUGGAGAGGGGGGCUGUUUUGCUGGAAGGGGGUUGUUUCUUCCUGGACAAGAGGCAAAUUGCAACAGGAUAUAAGCAGGGUUUCUAUUAUUAUUAUUAUUAUUAUUAUUAUUAUUAUUACCUUAAUCCUUUGGGGCCUAAGUUUAGGAGAGGAAAAAUAGACGUUCAUGCAAAGUGCUUUCUGGAUGGCUCACGAUUGUGCUUCUUGGCAGAAUCACCAAAAGCAGCUAGAAGGGGCUUGGGGUUUUGCCCUCGCUGCAGGGUCUGACUCUGCUUAGGAAACCAGAGAAGGUUGGACCCACUGCCUAUUUAAAAGGGCUCUCCCUCGCCUGCCUGGGAGGGGUGCAAGCUUCGGAACUUUCUCCUUCCCUUUGGCUUAUUUUUGUUCCAGAACUAGACCAGAGUUUUUGAUCCUCCUUUUCAGGGAGGGCUGGGGAAUCCUCUUUGGAGCCCUUAAUCCUGUCUAUCCCUUGGAAUUUGCUUGCCUGCCAGUAGGAGAGCUGGUUUUGGAAGGAGCUGCACAGCUCUCUGACCCCAACACUGCCCCCUGAGGGGGUAUAGUAGCAUCACUGGCGCGCAGAGAAUGUAAUAGUUUUAACUUGGAAUUUAAUGUGUUUUAAAAAUAACAAUCAUUUUAAAGAAAAAUCACAUUGUGUACUAUCUAAGCUGUUUGUUUUUUUCUAAAGGACAUUUGGCCACGAAUUUAUACGUGCUAAUGAGUCAAACAUAGUUUUUACUUAUAUACUUUGGUUACUAAAUAUAUAUUUGCAUUUAUUUUUAAAAUUGAUCUUGAAGGCAGGAGGUCAUAACAAAAACUACUAGAACCACAGUGUAGGCAACAGGAGUUAAGCAACCUUUGCUUCUCUUGGUCAAUAAAUAAGGAAAUGUAGAAAACACCCUGAGUCUGAGGCUGGAAUUGGCCUGAGCUGGGCUGCCACCUCCUACCUGUGUUACCAAGAGAACAUCUGUUGAGAAAAAAAGAUGCAUUUACUCCAUAAAGGUAAUAAUUUGGCAUAAAAUUCAUAGGCAUUGGUUUGGCUCAAAACUGAGAAGGAUUUUUUUUCUUUUCCUUUUUUACCUCCAAAGUGAGAAAAGGGACCAAGAGGAGGGAAUUGGCAGGUUUUCACAAGGGCAACUUGGGAGGGCCAAUGGCAGAGGCAAGUCGCAGCAGGAGUGCUGUUCUGGCGUCCAGUCUGAACCCAGGACAAUCCCCCAGCCACUCCCAUUCCUCCUCACACGCAGGUUCCAGUAACUUAGAAUAUGAGAUGUUUGCAUAGCAGUUUUAAAUGACGCAGAGGGUCUUAAGCCGAAUUAAAGUUUUAUGACAAUAACCAAUUAAAAGAAACUUCUGCCUCA